AUGGUUGCUGCAGCCCGAAAACACGAACGGAUUGAAACCUUCGACAUCGUUCCUACAAAAGAAAAAUCACUGAAGCCUACUACUUUACAAAUUUUCUCAUCCGAAAAAGAAACAUAUCGAAAUGAGUAUAGAGAUGAGUUAGUAUCAAAUAAAAAUGCCGGAAGGCAUUGGAAUUUGUGGCACCGCCAGCUACCUACCACCCGACGGCAGGAAAAUAUCGGGUGUCGAGUUAUCGUGGAAAUAGAAGAAGAAAACUUGUGA